CUUGUGAAUAUAACAUCCGGUUUACGUCUGCGUAACCUUCGCUAGUUGAACGCAGCUACGUCACCUGCAGUCUGACGGAAACAGGAGCAAGAAAAGUUCAAAUGGAGCCUAAGAGGAAGCUGAUCAACUCAGUGGAGAGCUGUGUGGACGAGGCUCUCUGUGGCCUUGUCCGGGCCUCUGGGGGCCUCUCUCUGCUAAGGGGCCACAGAGUGGUGCUCCGCUCUGAUCUGGACAACCUGAAGGGAAAAGUGGCCCUGCUGUCUGGAGGGGGGUCAGGACACGAGCCUGCACACGGGGGUUACAUCGGAGCAGGUAUGUUGUCUGCAGCUGUGGCCGGAGGAGUGUUUGCCUCGCCGCCUCCUACCAGCAUCCUGGCCGCCAUUCUGGCCCUACACAAAGCAGGAGCCUCUGGGGUCCUUCUGAUUGUGAAGAACUACACAGGCGACCGCCUGAACUUUGGCUUGGCUGCUGAGCAGGCCCGUAACCAGGGGGUGGCUGUUGACAUGGUGAUAGUUGCUGAGGACUGCGCCUUCGACCAGCCCAGUAAGGCUGGCAGACGAGGCUUGUGCGGUACCGUCUUCAUACACAAGCUAGCAGGAGCUCUUGCAGAAGAAGGCUGCCCUUUGGACCAGAUUGUUUCCAAGGUGACAGAGGUUCUGAAGGGGAUUGGUACUCUGGGGGUAAGCUUGUCUCCAUGCAGCGUUCCCGGCUGCCUGCCUUCGUUCGACCUGCCGCCAGGAGACAUGGAGCUGGGACUGGGAAUCCACGGUGAACCAGGAAUCCAGAGAUCAAAGGUGGCAUCUGCUGAUGAGGUGGUGAAGACCAUGCUAGAUCAUAUGACCAACCCAGAUAGCCAAUCACAUCUGCCUCUAAGUUCAGGCGACGCCGUUGUUUUGUGUGUGAACAACCUCGGAGCUCUGUCGUGUCUGGAGAUGGCCGUGGUCACCAGAGCAGCCCUCAACUGCCUGGAGAGCCGGGGCGUGGUGGUUGUCAGGGUGAUGUCCGGAGCAUUUAUGACGUCACUGGAGAUGGCAGGAGUGUCGCUCACCCUGAUGAAAAUCAACCCAGAAGUACUGAGACUGUUUGAUGCUACAACUAGCGCCCCCGCCUGGCCCAGUCUCAGCAGUGUGUGUGUGAGCGGCCGCAGCUACAUCAUAGACUGUCCUUUUCUCACCACGCGGCCGCAGGACGACACACACGCCGAAGGACCUUGGAGUCCUAUGAUGCGUAACGCUUUGGAAAAGAUCUGUUCCACUUUGCUGGACAAGCAGGAGGAACUAAACUCCCUGGAUCGAGCCGCCGGGGACGGAGACUGUGGGAACACUCACGCUCAAGCUGCCAGAGCCAUUCAGAACUGGCUCCAGGAUCAUGUGGUCCCUGGUUGCCCGGGGCAACUCCUGUCUGUCCUUGCUGGGUUGGUGCAGGAGAAGAUGGGCGGGUCUUCUGGAGCGUUGUACAGUUUGUUCCUCACGGCAGCAGCUGGUCAUGUGACCGAGGGGCGGAGCGAUGCUGCUUCCUGGGCUAGAGCGCUGCAUGCUGGGACACAAGCCAUGAGAAGGUAUGGAGGAGCUGAUCCUGGAGACAGAACCAUGCUGGAUGCUUUGUGUCCUGCAGCAGACGAGCUGAUGAAGCUCACCACAACUCCACCCAGUGGAACGAUGGCUGUACUGCAGGCUGCUGUUCAGAAAGCAACAUCAGGUGCAGAAGCGACCCGUGACCUCACAGCAAGGGCCGGGCGAGCCAGCUACAUCGCCGCUGACCGGGUUACCCUCCCUGACCCUGGCGCCGUGGCCGUUGCUGCCAUCUUGAGAGCUGUCAUGGAGACUCUUGAGGAGCAGAAAUAAAACAAAUGAACUGGAAAUUCAGAGAUUUGUCCACGAGGACAGUCUUCUAUAAUAAUAAUCUAACACGGGUCUUUCGGAGUGUGAACUUAAUGCAUUUUGAUCUCAUUUCUGAGGCAAAGAGAGAAAUUGUAUAGAAAUGUUUUCUAAAUGAUAACAAAAUGUAAAUAAAUUCUAGUUUAAUAUCAUUCAUAAUGUUGUCUAAUGACUUAUGUGAUUGCACUUGUAAAAUAAAAACAUAAAUCAU